AUGGGUGAAGAUGAAAAGAAAAUUCAAGACAUCCACAAGAAGAUUGAGCGCGAGAAAAACAUCAUCAAUGCCGCCCAGGCCAUGCGCUCUCAGACAACCAACGAGGCCGUCCGUUCUCGACUCGACACCCAGCUGAGAGAUGGCCGGCGGAACCUGCAGUUCUUCGAGGAGAAGCUGAGGGAUAUCCAAAUGCGACAGGUUAAUCAGGACAUGGGCAAUGUCUCUCUCGGCGCUGGCGCUGGCGCCGGCCAUGGCCCUCCGCCUCCCCCGCCCAAGGACCCCUCAGCUGCUUGGGGAGGAGACCAAGGCGGUUACGGUACUGCUCAGUACAGCCAACUUGGCCAGCAUGGCGAUUUGAUGCCUCCUCGUCAUCCCUACGCUCCUGCCGGGCCCGGAGCUGCCAUGCCCAAGUCUAGACCGAAUUUUACCAAACUAGAUUUGAUCAAAUAUGAUACGCCUUACCUCGGUCCUCGCAUCCAGCUUAUGCUGUCUCAGAUUCAGUUCAAGCUGAACGUGGAGGAGCAAUACCUCAAGGGAGUUGAGAAAAUGGUUCAGCUCUACGGCAUGGAAGGCGACAGAAGGAGCAAAGCCGUUGCUGCAGGUCGUAAAGUCGAAAGCAAGCAAAAGAUUGUACUUUUGAAACAGGCCCUUAAAAGGUAUGAGGAGCUGCACAUAGAUAUGGACUCUGCCGACUCUCAAGAUGAUGACUCCAUCAACACGCCAAAUUUAAGAAAACCUCUCAGCGGACAGCUUUCCAUCCGAGUCAAGGCUGUCAAAGACGUGGACCAUGCGGCUACUGGCCGUCUCUCCCGUGGACCCGAAACCUUCGUUGCAGUUAAAGUCGAGGACGCCGUCGUCGCCAGAACAAAAACCUCCCGAACCGACCGAUGGGAUGCCGAGUACCACACCAUUGACGUCGACAAGGCCAACGAAAUCGAGUUGACGGUUUACGACAAACCAGGCGAGCACCCAAUGCCCAUUGGCUUGCUCUGGGUUCGCAUUUCCGACAUUGUUGAGGAGAUGCGCAGAAAAAGGAUCGAGGCAGAGAUGAACAGCUCCGGCUGGGUGUCUGCCGAUCAAAUGGCCACCCCUUCAUCCCCCCCCGGCCAACUUGCCGUGAGCCCGACGCAGCCUGGGUUUGGCAUCCAGGGCCAUGGUGGUGACCACAGCAGUGGCUUCAGCGGCGGACCUCCGCCUCAUGUUCCCCAGCAGCCGCAGAUAAACACGGGCCCCAUCGAUGCUUGGUUUAACCUGGAGCCGACUGGGCAAAUACAGCUUCAAAUGAGCUUUGUCAAGCAGAAUAAGGACCGACGGCCCGUGGAUCUCGGUUUGGGCAGAAAAGGCGCCGUUCGACAGCGCAAAGAGGAGGUACACGAAAUGUACGGCCACAAGUUUGUGCAGCAUCAGUUUUACAACAUCAUGCGUUGCGCGCUUUGCGGCGAUUUCCUCAAGUACUCAGCCGGUAUGCAAUGCGAGGAUUGCAAAUACACGUGCCACACCAAGUGCUAUGACAAGGUGGUCACCAAGUGUAUCAGCAAGAGCAACGCGGAGACCGACCCGGAUGAAGAAAAGAUCAAUCAUCGCAUCCCUCACAGAUUCCAGCCCUUCUCCAACAUGACGGCCAAUUGGUGCUGUCACUGCGGCUACAUCUUGCCCUUUGGCAAGAAGAAUUGCAGAAAGUGUUCAGAAUGUGGUCUUACUUGUCACGCUCACUGCGCUCACUUGGUUCCCGAUUUCUGCGGCAUGUCCAUGGCGUUGGCCAACCAAAUCUUGGAAGGCAUUCGCACCCAGAAACGACAGACAAAGGCGUCGUCCAUGUCAGAGAGGACGCUGCGUCCCAGUUCGAGCAAACCCGGCUCAACUGCGUCCCCUCCGCCCGCCCACGCCACGGAUGCGUCCAAGCCUUACACCGCUCCAUCCACCGCAGCCACCGAAGCGGCCAAGUUGAUGUAUGCCCAGCCCACAUCGCCGACGCAGCAAAGACCGCCAGCACCCGAUCGUUUGCCCUCAGCCCAGGCGGCGAAAGCGGCCCAGGCUGCCCUGGGUGGUGCUACAUCAGCACAGGCGCAACACCAAAGGCAGUCCGACUAUGGUCGAUAUGGCGGAUAUGACCAAGAACAGCCAGGGGACCACUAUACGCAGCAAUACGGCGGCCCAGCUCCGCAGCCUCAUCAACCCCAACACCCUCAACAGCGACCAUACAACCCUGCCGACUACCUUGGGUAUGCUGGCCAACCAUCCGCCCAGGCACGACCGCCAGUGCAGCAACUGGCCGCCCAGCAGCAGCCUGUGCCACUACAGCAGAGCUAUCCGCCUGCUGCCCCCAUCGCGAAGCCAGAAGUUGUCGCGGCUCAACGGCCGCAGUCGGGUCCUGUUGCGGGUCAGCCAAAGCAACUGCCUCUUGCGACCGAUCCCGGUACUGGCCAGCGCAUUGGUUUAGACCACUUCAAUUUCCUUGCAGUCUUGGGUAAAGGUAAUUUCGGCAAGGUCAUGUUGGCAGAAACGAAGCGCUCGCGACGAUUAUAUGCUAUCAAGGUUCUCAAGAAGGAAUUUAUCAUCGAAAACGACGAGGUCGAGAGUAUUCGUUCCGAAAAGCGGGUUUUCCUGAUUGCAAAUAAAGAAAGGCAUCCCUUCCUUACCAAUUUGCACGCCUGUUUCCAAACAGAAACUCGGGUAUACUUUGUCAUGGAAUACGUUAGCGGUGGUGACUUGAUGCUUCAUAUCCAGCGAGGACAGUUUGGAACUAAGCGCGCUCAGUUCUACGCUGCUGAGGUGUGCCUGGCGCUGAAGUAUUUCCACGAAAACGGGGUCAUUUAUCGUGAUCUCAAACUGGACAAUAUCAUGUUGACCCUCGACGGCCAUAUCAAGGUUGCCGAUUAUGGUCUUUGCAAAGAGGACAUGUGGUAUGGCAAGAGUACCAGCACUUUCUGCGGUACUCCGGAAUUCAUGGCCCCAGAGAUUCUCAUGGACAAAAAGUAUGGCCGGGCAGUUGACUGGUGGGCCUUUGGUGUCCUUAUCUACCAGAUGCUCUUGCAACAGUCUCCUUUCCGAGGCGAGGACGAGGACGAGAUUUACGAUGCUAUUAUUGCCGAUGAGCCGUUGUACCCAAUUCACAUGCCUAGAGACUCCGUCUCAAUCUUGCAGAAACUGCUCACCCGCGAACCGGAGCAAAGACUUGGAAGCGGACCCACGGAUGCUCAGGAGGUGAUGAGCCAACCGUUCUUCCGAAACAUCAACUGGGACGAUAUAUACCACAAGCGAGUUGCACCCCCCUUCAAGCCGACGAUUAAGAGCGCAACAGACACGAGCAACUUUGACUCUGAGUUCACCAGUGUGACCCCUGUACUUACGCCUGUGCAGUCUGUACUUUCUCAGGCCAUGCAAGAGGAAUUCCGCGGAUUCUCGUACACUGCAGACUUUGAAUGA